AUGGCGGAAGUGAAAGCUGUAUCGCCUGUGAAAGAAAUACCGGAUCGUGUACACGCGGUAGCUGGGAGGGAGAAUGUUAGGAGUGAGAGUGAGAAAGAGACAGAGAAUGUCACCGCGUCGGGUAUUGGAGAUGGAGAAGCUGGGAGGGGAGAGUUACGGGCUGGAGGUGGAAGAGAUAUAUUGCUUGGGAACUUGAGUGUAGGAACAAGCACUGGACUAGAAAACGAAAACGAAAACGGAAAUGUAGAUGCGAAUGAGGAGCUGGAUGAGCCGCAAGAUGAAGACACGCGCCAGUAUUUAUCAGGCUGGAAACUCCAUAUGUUAACUAUCGGCAUUUGGAUAUCACUCUUCCUCUCAACCCUCGAAACGACUAUCGUUAGCACGUCACUAGUAUCCAUCACGAAUGCCCUUGAUGGCUUUCAGGUGAGGGAUUGGAUUGUUACGGCGUAUUUGAUUACUUAUACUGGUUUCUUGGUUAUAUACGCGAAAUUCAGUGAUGUCUUUGGGAAAAAGACAAUGCUGAUUCUAGCCCUUGGCAUAUUCACACUUUUCUCUAUUCUCUGUGGAGCGGCAACCGGGGUCGUGGAAUUAUCUGAUCUGAUCAACCAUAGAAUCAUAUUCCGCGCCUUUCAAGGCAUAGGCGCCUCGGGCAUCUAUUCCAUGAUCAUGGCCAUAGCCCCAACCAUGGUGCCGGAGAAAGAAUUCGGGACAUACAUCGCAAUUGUAUCGACGGUGUUUGUUGUCGCUAGUGUGCUGGGUCCUAUUCUAGGGGGGGCGAUUAAUAGCCAUACGACGUGGAGAUGGGUGUUUUUGCUCAAUGCACCAGGAGGUUCAAUCUCCCUCAUCCUCAUAGCACUCUUCUUACCCUCCUCCCAACCCACCUCCGCCACAACCCUCCUCGCUCAUAUACGGGCAAAGUUCACCAGAACAACAUUUGCGCGCAUCGAUGUCCUAGGCACCAUCUUCCUACUUGCAUUUUCGGUACUCCUCGUCUUCGCAUUAGAAGAAGCCGGUUCGCGAUACGCAUGGGGCAGUCCCGUUAUCAUCAUCACGUUCGUAAUCUCCAUCCUAGCUGGAACGGCCUUCGUGGGCUGGGAAUGGUGGGUUGAACGCGUGGCGGGGAAGCAGGAACCUACGUUCCCGCUGAGUUUGCUGAGAGAUCGCGUUUUGGCAUGUAUGAUGGCCACCGCCUUCUUUAUCGGCUUCCCCUUUGUAGCGAUCGUAGUCAACAUCCCACAACGCGCCCAAGCCCUCUACGGCUUCACCCCUCUCCGCGCAGGUCUCGCUCUCCUGCCCCUCCUCCUCACGUCCCCGCUCGCAACAGCCGUCUCCGGCUUCCUGACCUCUAACCGCAAAGUCCCGCCCCUAUACUUGAUCCUCGGCGGCGCGGUGCUGCAAGUCAUCGGCGUGGGACUCACCUGUUCUUUACCUGUAGACGCGACUCGGAUCCCAGCGGCCCAGUACGGGUACGAGGUCCUAAUGGGAAUAGGAUUCGGAGCGGGCUUGAGCACGCUGUUGACGCUGGCGAGACUUGUGGUCGAUGAGCGGAAUUUGCCGGUGGCAAUGGGUGCUUUAACCCAAGUCCGUGUUCUGGGCGGCACGAUAUCUCUAGCGAUAUGCUCCACAAUCCUAAACACCCACCUCCGUCCCCAACUCUCCCUCCUCGUCACCCCCAGCCAAGCAGCCGCCAUCUCAGACAACAUCUCCGCGAUCCACACCCUGAGUACCGAGCAACAAGCUGGCGUCAGGAGGGCCUUUGCAGUGGGCUAUAAUCGGCAGAAUGUUUUCUUGGCUGCGUUGACGGGCGUGGGGUUGCUUACUAGUUUGGGGUUGGUUGAGAGGAGGCCGAGGAGGGUUAGGUGA